AUGACAUGCACGAGAUGCGAGUCGUCUUCAGGACGACAAGGUCACAGUGUGUUGGGCAUCAUCCUCAUAGUCGGAGCUGCUGUGGCCUUCUUUAUCACAGCUAUAUUUAAUGGGGCUGCAUCAUCAUUUGGAAAAGAUUUGGGGCUUUUCCUCAACUCAACGGCUGAUAUCUCCGACAUCUACAGCCUUGAUAUUACACCAGCAGGCUGGGUCUUCAGCAUCUGGGGCCUCAUCUACCUCUGGCAAGCCAUCUUCCUGGUCUACGGCAUAGCUUCGAUCUUUCGCAAGGGAGAAGAUGGCUACCUCUACCGAACUCCAGCUGUCGUCCCAAUCCAAGUUUACCUUCUCUACAUCAUCAACAUGAUUCUCAACCUCACCUGGAUCUUCUUCUGGGACCGAGAAAUGAUGAUUACUGGCCUCGUGGUAAUUUCAAUGAUGGUAUUCACCGUCCACCUGAUGUUAUUUUGCUCCUACAGAGACUUUAACGCGGUGGCGCUGGAGCUGAAGCAGUGGGGUUGGGACCGAGAAAUUUGGUUGGUGAGGAUCCUUGUCCACAACGCGUGGGCGUUUUACUGUGGAUGGAUCAGUGUCGCAACACUUCUUAAUUUCUCGAUAGUCUUGGCGUACCGCGGACCAGUCUCAGUGGAGGACGCCUGCACUGCGUCUCUCGGUGUCCUCACUGUCGAACUCGUUCUGUAUUUCUGCAUCGAGACUUUCGUGUAUGACAGAUACUUGCGUUACCAGUUCAGCCAAUACAUCCCAGUGCUCCUUGCUUUGAUUGGUGGACUGACCAAAAACUGGGACUCGACAAGUAGGAAUUCACUUUUCACAGCAGCGUUGUUGGGCAUAGCUGGUGUUCUUUCGAUUGCUAAGGUUGUGAUUAUGGUCGUGAGGCACAGGAGGUCGCCCCUACCUGAACAGAGGGAAAGCCAAACCGAACAACCUGCCGCCUGA